GGUAAGUUCUCCUCAUCUGCCAUGCUUUUUUUCCUUGUGACAACGUUUUCAAAUUAAAUUUCGAUGUUGCAACGACGCGACAAGCAGAGCUGCAGCUAAGUAGAAGAGGACGACAGUUAGCAACUUGUUUACGGCACAAGUUGUUUUCCGAAUCUGGCCCGCCUCUUUUGCGGGUUUCUGUCUAUUCAUUGGUUGCCAAUCACUGACAGUCAAUAGUCUGCUGAUUCUAUUGGUUUGGAACCUUGCUAAAAAUACGAUAUAUAGGAGAGCUUUCCAGAAAGUAGCAUCCAGCGAAGAAUAUAUCUCGAUCUUUUGUAAUUUAACGCAAACUCAAGAUGAUUGAAGUGGUUUGUAAUGAUCGACUGGGCAAGAAAGUCCGGGUCAAGUGCAACUCAGAGGACACAAUUGGAGAUCUGAAGAAGCUCAUUGCAGCACAAACAGGAACACGCUACGAUAAGAUUGUAUUAAAGAAAUGGUAUACCAUAUUUAAGGACCACGUGUCUCUUGGUGACUAUGAAAUCCAUGAUGGGAUGAACCUGGAGUUGUACUACCAGUAGACGAUAGGCGGACCAAAAGUUAAAGAUGACACAAACGAACACACUCACACACACCAGAUGGAGUCCGUUUUUAGAAAACAAUUGAUCAGACAGUACAGCUGUAAGGGACAAAGAGCGCCAUCUACAGAUCAGAAAACAC